CCAGUACUUACCCCGUGUUCUCAUCUCACUCCCCAACAGCUUCUCCAACUCCAACUCCCAUUCCCAACGUCUUCGAACUCUCUCUGGAUAGAGAGUUUUCUUCUUAUCCCUUCCUUCUGCACUUCUCCAUCUGCAAAGACAACAGUCUACCGAACCCAAACAGCUAAGCUACUCAAGAUGGCUAUCUACUCCAGCGUCCCUCCACCAGAGCAGCAGGUUCCAGCUACUGCUACAUCGCCAACCACCACUGCUCCGGGUUUGACCGCAGGUCUUGCUUCACUUUCGAUUUCUGCUCCGGCUCAAGGGAGUGGAGUUUCUCUCUCCAUUCCUCUGGAUGCUGUUAAAGCAGUCAAGGCCAGGAAGGAACGGUUGAGAAGGGAUAGCAUGAAGCAUCGUGAGGCGUUGUUGAAGGGAAAGGAGGGCAGUAGAAGACGGCAACGUUGGGAGAAUGGUACGUUGCCUAUUUAUCUAUUCUUCUCGCAGACUCGAGAUACUGGAAUGAGGAGUGUGAUUAUUGCGACGGAGUGGUGGUGUAAGAUUCAGACUAUGACGUGUUGAUAAAGCUUGAGAAUAAUCGCGAGAAAUGAUAACCGGACAAGUGAAGAAACUAACAGAUGAUCCCAGACCGUUUCCUCAACGUACCCAACGCUCAGCCACCCCUCCCCUCGGACUGGGAAAUCCACCCAACCUACCCCGUCCACAGCGUCCCCUACUACCUCGCCCCUCUCUGGGACCUCCGCACCGAACACGCUCGUAAACCCUCCUCUUCCAAGAACAAAUCCUCUCAAAGGUCCAACGAGCAAAAAGGCCGUAUUCCAUCUGACCUCAAGGCCAAACUCAAACGUAGCAAAGGCGCCAAAACUCUCCUUCAAGAGCUUGAGGAGGAAGUUAGGAACUUUGUCAAGGAACAUGAGAGACAAGAGCGUCUUCGUGCUAGUGGCCGUGACGAGGAUGAUGAACCUGAGUUGGAUAGUGAGGAUGAGGAGAUGGUUUUUGUGGGACGUAAUGGGAAGAUGAGUGAUCUUGUGCGUGCGGAACGGGAGAAGGCAGAGAGCUUUUUGCAGAGGGAGAAAUGUAUCUGGGAAGGGGGUGUUGAUGAGCAGGGGGGCGGGUUUGGGUAUGUUCUUCUCCUCUCUUGUUCUAUAUUAUCCUUCAUUUGAAGAGGAACCAAAAUUACUAAUAUCAUGAUAGUCGUUGGCUCGUCCAUUCCAUCGCCGAGUACUACGGCCUCUCCUCACGCUCCGUCACUGUUGGCGACCCAGCUAGACGCGAGGCAUACGUAGGAAUCAAGACACCCCCCAAAAGCGUCAAGAUGAAGACCGGACGCGAGGUCUCGACUUCUUCUCGUUUGGGUGGAGAGCUUCCUAGACCUCUAUAUGGUCUUAUCUGA